AUGCUGUGCUACCGCAAGCGUUCGAGGACGGAGCUUAAGGAGAUGCCGUGGGAUCGGUGGCUGUCGAGCCCCGUCCCUAAGGUGGAGGAGAAGCUGAUUGCGCUAAACUCGUGUUACGGGUUCGUCACGAGGUAUAGCGUCCCGGGCGGCCAGAAGCAGACGCUGAGGUACCCCAAGCACGUCAAGGGCCACAUCACGGUGUUUCCGAACAAUGUACAAGAAUUGGUGACGAAAGUGCUGCCGCACCCUCUCCUGCAGGUGAUGGACGAGAUCCACAUCUCGUGGCAGGGGGCGGUAAAGCCGACACCGAGCGACCUAUCGAGUCUCUUGUCUAUCGAGAUCGACGCGGCUGAGAUGGAGAGCUGGGGAGAGUCGGCCCACGGGGUGCCGCCGUCGGUGUACGGGCGCCUGGAGCGGAACGAGCCGUCGGCAUGGGAGAAGACGCGGACGGCGCAUAUCGUGCCGCCCACGGAGCGGGCCAUGGACGACGAGGGCGCGGUAGAGAUCGAAGAAGUCCUGUCUCUGCUCAACCAAGGGGGAGGAAGCGCGACGAUUCUCGAGGACGACGAGCCAGAGUCAAUCGAGGUAGACGAGGCGCGUGGUCAGAGCGGCGACGAGGCUAAUCACGAUGCGGAGACGAUCAACGAGGUAACCUCGUCGGGAAUGUUUGCGUUAGACGGGCCGCCCGACGUCGCCGACGUGGAUAAAUUGCGCUUCGCAUGUGAUGCCGUCCGCGAAGGGGCGGGCGACGACGGCGGCGCGGGUCCGAGGACGUGGGUGGAAACCUCGGCAAGGGGGCAGCCAGGGCACGCCGAUGGUUCCGAACCGUAUAUAGGCGUUCGCCGCGGCGAUGACUUCGCCGACUCGUUCGAAGCCUCCUUUUUCGCGAAGACCUUUCCCACGCUGUUGCCAUUUGGCGUCGGAGGGCCGCGACCGGUCGAAGAAGCAGCCGUACAACUAGGCAGAGGCACCGCCGACAUACGCGAGCGGGAGGCCGCGACGCGAGAGCUCGUGUCGUCUCGGAACAUGAGCCUUCGGACCUGGGCCGACACGGUGUUACGACGCCACGGUGGCCGGUUCGCGACGCACCACAUCUUCGCCUUCCUCGUCUUUAAUAUAGGCGUGCGGUCGAGGAACCGCCGCGUCAGCAUGCUAAGCGUGACGAGGAAGAACUUCCGCAAGGUGGAGCGCAUCGUACGGUCGCUAACCGCGGACGGAUUGGCGGCGGCCAGGGCCGAGCUAGAGAGCACAGGCAAGACGACCGAUGAUGCGGUGAAGGAGCUGCUCAGGAGCCUUUCGCUGUAUGGGUAUCGUCAGCCCAUGUCGAGGGAGGUCCGUCUCGGGAUGCGGCAUAGGAUCCUGGCGCUCAUCGUCCGUUACGGCGUGCCCGCCAUCUGGUUCACGAUCAACCCAAACGACAUCACGAAUCCGGUAAAGCUCCGACUAGCAGCGUACCGCGCGCGCGACCCCGAAGCGGCCGAGGAGUUCCUACGAAGCCUCGAUAAGGCGUUCAAACGUGUGCGGCUGUCCGUGUCCGACCCGAUGAGCUCGGCCGUCUUCUUCCACCGCGAGAUGACGCUGUUCUUCGAGCAUUACGUCAAUGCCGGGGGGGAGUCGGUCUUCGGCCGCGUCAGCCAGUAUUAUGGCGCCGUGAAACGAACGAGCGAGGCUCCUCCACGUGCACGGGCUGCUCUGGCUCGAGGAAACGCCCACCUCAGCUCGAUGCUUGCCGACUCAGACGGCGGGGAACAAGCGGCAUACCGCGAGCGAAUCGUCCGCUACGUCGAUAGUGUCUUCAGCGAGGACCUGGACCAGGAAGGGUUCUGCGCCGUCGAGGCAGAGCGUUCGGUGACGUCCGAUAUCUCGUCCCUGCUGAACAGGGCCGAUCAGUUCUCGGCCUCGUUCGAGGAGGAAGCCAACUUCUGCGCCGGCGCGACCCAGAUCCAUACCCACAGCCCGACAUGCGUCAAGUACUCCCUCGGCAGCAAGGGGCGGAAGGGCGCCGACCUCUGUCGCUUUAAGGCACCGUGGGAGCGGGUCGAGGAGACGACCCUGUCAGCGGACGGCGUGCUGCGGAUCCGCAGAACACAUCCCAUGGUGAACCGGUGGAACAAGGCCAUCGCCGUCGGGCUCCGUCACAACCACGACAUUUCCUUUAUAGCGACGCAGCGGAAGACCAUGGCGCUCGUCUACUACGUGACCAAUUACGCGACUAAGGUGGAGGACCCGACGUGGAAGCGCGUCGCCGCCGCCGCCGAACUGCUGCCCGUCGUGUCGGCCGGUAGUCAGCCGGGUGCCGGGGAUGACUUUCUCGCGAGAGUGGCGAAUCGGGUGUUCACGGAGCGGGCGCUGUCGCAAGUCGAGGUCGUCGCCCAUCUGCUGGGACACCCGAGCGAGUUCUCGGGAAGCAGCGCCUGGGCGUACCUGAACGUGUCGGUGCUAUACUGGCACGUCUCGAGGCUCUGGCGACACCUUCGGCAGCAGAGCGGCACCGCGGCGGUCGAAGACGUGUCCGUCGCGGACGAGUCGGUGCUAAGGCGGCCGGGAAAGUACGCCGUCGUCUGCCUCGACGGCUACCUAAGCAAGGAUUUCGAGCAGGACGACGAGGAAUCGGCUCAUCGCAGGGCUGCCGUCCAGCAUCUUGCGCUAUUUGUGCCGUGGCCUUUCUCGGCGAAGAAGAAGGGGACAUCAAUGAGAUAUGGAGGCGGGCGCGAGCUGCUUCCGCCGAGAAUCUCGUGCCUCGUCGACAACGUUCAACUGCUCCGGCGGUCCGCCGAGGACGCGAGGCGAGACGCCAAGCAGUGGGCGGCCUCGGGCGGCGCCGGGGAUUGCGCCGGCGCUCUCGGCGAGGCGGGGAGGGGAGGAGGGGGCGACACCCGGGGACGACGACGCGGCCUCGGCGUACCAGGCCGACAACGUCGGAAAGGCAACGCGACUAAUCGACGUCGUCCGAAGCGCGGCCGGGCGAACCAGAUCACGGCGGGAUCGCGCGAGCUCUCGGGUAUGAUACAGCAGCUGUGCCGCUUCCAGCAGUCAGCGCUGGCCUCGACCGCCGAGCUCGAGGCCUCCAUCGUCAGGGAACGGGGCGGGAGGCGCAUCGACUUGCCGGGGCGGGUCUUUUCCGGGGCCGCGGUGCCGCCGCAGGACCAGGUCAAGGCCAUCAAGUCGCAGCAGACGAGCGCCUCGAGGGAGAGGGUGAAGAUGAUACAGGGUAUACAAAGCAUGGCCACGGCCCACGGCACCGAUCGUGGCGCGGCGGAGCGGAGUGUGCUGACCGGCUUCGGCGAGGAAGGCGUGCAGAUAACGGCGGCGGAAGCCGAGGAGACGGCGGGUAACGCCGAGGCCGGCAUGGAAGUCCGCCUCGGCCCGUCGACCUCGUUCCUCGAGGCCGGAAAAGGCUUGACGAGACGCUUGACGCUAAACAGGAAACAGGCCAUCGCCUUGUCCAUAAUAUGCCGCCACCUUGACUUGAUGCGGCGAGGAGACGGAGGGGGCGACGUCAGCCAGCUCUGUCAGUUCGUCGGCGGCGAGGGCGGUACCGGCAAGUCGCGCGUCAUCGAAGCACUCGUCGGCCUCUUUGCCGCUAAGGGCAUCUCGAGCCGGCUGCUGAUCACGGCGACGUCGGGGACCGCGGCGGCCCGGGUCAACGGUAUCACCAUCCACUCCGCCUGCGGCUUCACCAAGGACCAAGGGCCGGGCGCGAACACGGCGAGGGAGGUCGACGGCGUACGGCUGCCGAGGCAGGCGGAGCGGUUCGUCGACGGCGAGUCCCGCAUGGACUGGCAGGACAAGGAGGUGCUCGUCAUCGACGAGUUCCGCCCGGUCCAGGAAAGGUCGAUCCUACUGCCGAGCUCGGCCGUCUCGUGGGACGAGGACUACUCGUUCAGGGCCGAGCAGCGCCACCAGCACGACAAGGCGCACGCGCUGUGGAAGCGGUUCACCACUGUCGUCAUGCUGGACGAGCAGAUGCGCGCCGCCGGCGACCCGGAGCUGCAGAGGCUGCUAAAGCGGAUCCGACUGGGCGUGCAGGAUCACACCGACCUAGACCUCCUUAACUCAAGAUGCUACCGGGAAGGCAGGCGAAUCCCGUGGGAGACAGGCAUCACCGUGGUCACGCCGCUAAAUAGGAACCGGUGGAAUCUCAACAUGGAGGCGAGCUUAGCAUUCCAGAUGCAACGACGUUUGACGAUACGCAUCUUCAUCUCCGAGCAUAAGUGGAAGGAGGGGCUGCCGACCGAGGAAGAGGCCAUCAUGAUGCUAAACCAGGGCGACGACAGCGCGACCCCAGUGCCGGGCGUCUUUAUGUUUGUGGCCGGGAUGCCGGUCGUCGUGAACCACAACACCCACCAGGGGCUGAAGCUGGUGAACGGCGCCAGCUACACGGCGGCCGAGGUCAUCGUCGACAAGGUGCACCCGGCGCAUCGCAUCUCGGCCGAUAUGGCGAUCCACUUCGGCCGCCGGCGGCGAUCAUACUAG